UGCGCACAGGCAGCGCGGCCGGCACGCGGCGCUCGCGCUCCCUGCUUAAAUGAGCCUGGGCGCCCCGCGCCCGCCACUUCAGUGGAUCCCGCACCGGGGCCGCGGGCGGAGCUGCCAGCCAGUCCCGCGCCGCGCGCCCGCACUCCUCGGCCCUCGGGCGGUCGAUGGGACGGGGCGCCGCGGAGCAGGAGGCGGCGCCCGUCGGGGGGCUCGGGCCGCGCGGGAGCCCACCGGGGGGCUCGGGCAUGGCGGGCCGCAGGACCUGAGCCCUGCCCCGCGGGGAGGCAGCUGCUGGCCGGCGAUGGGGACAGAGCGGGGCCACCGCCGCCGCGCCGGGCCGUGAGCGCUGCGCCGCCGCCGCCGCCACCUCAGCCCCUCGCGAAGCGCCGGGCAGCUCGGGAACAUGGCCCUGGAGCGGCUCUGCUCGGUCCUCAAAGUGUUGUUAAUAACAGUACUGGUAGUGGAAGGGAUUGCGGUGGCCCAAAAAACCCAAGAUGGACAAAAUAUUGGAAUCAAGCACAUUCCUGCAACCCAGUGUGGCAUUUGGGUUCGAACCAGCAAUGGAGGUCAUUUCGCUUCACCAAAUUAUCCUGACUCAUAUCCACCAAACAAGGAGUGUAUCUACAUUUUGGAAGCUGCUCCACGUCAAAGAAUAGAGUUGACCUUUGAUGAACAUUAUUAUAUAGAACCAUCAUUUGAGUGUCGGUUUGAUCACUUGGAAGUUCGAGAUGGGCCAUUUGGUUUCUCUCCUCUUAUAGAUCGUUACUGUGGUGUGAAAAGCCCUCCAUUAAUUAGAUCAACAGGGAGAUUCAUGUGGAUUAAGUUUAGUUCUGAUGAAGAGCUUGAAGGACUGGGAUUUCGAGCAAAAUACUCAUUUAUUCCAGAUCCAGAUUUUACUUACCUAGGAGGUAUUUUAAAUCCCAUUCCAGAUUGUCAGUUUGAGCUCUCGGGAGCUGAUGGAAUAGUGCGCUCUAGUCAGGUAGAACAAGAGGAGAAAACAAAACCAGGCCAAGCCGUUGAUUGCAUCUGGACCAUUAAAGCCACUCCAAAAGCUAAGAUUUAUUUGAGGUUCCUAGAUUAUCAAAUGGAGCACUCAAAUGAAUGCAAGAGAAACUUCGUUGCAGUCUAUGAUGGAAGCAGUUCUAUUGAAAACCUGAAGGCCAAGUUUUGCAGCACUGUGGCCAAUGAUGUAAUGCUUAAAACAGGAAUUGGAGUGAUUCGAAUGUGGGCAGAUGAAGGUAGUCGGCUUAGCAGGUUUCGAAUGCUCUUUACUUCCUUUGUGGAGCAUGCCACAUUGUUUAUCCAUCCACCCAUCAAUGGGCAUUUUGUUUGUUCCCACCUUCUGGCUGUUGUGCAUAAUGCUGCUGUGAACAUUGCUCCCUGCACAAGCAGCACUUUCUUUUGCCAUAGCAACAUGUGCAUCAAUAAUUCUUUAGUCUGCAAUGGUGUCCAAAAUUGUGCAUACCCUUGGGAUGAAAAUCAUUGUAAAGAAAAGAAAAAAGCAGGAGUAUUUGAACAAAUCACUAAGACUCAUGGGACAAUUAUUGGCGUUACUUCAGGGAUUGUCUUGGUCCUUCUCAUUAUUUCUAUUUUGGUACAAGUGAAACAGCCUCGAAAAAAGGUCAUGGCUUGCAAAACUGCUUUUAAUAAAACCGGGUUCCAAGAAGUCUUUGAUCCUCCUCAUUAUGAACUGUUUUCACUAAGGGACAAAGAGAUUUCUGCAGACCUGGCAGACUUGUCGGAAGAACUGGACAACUACCAGAAGAUGCGGCGCUCCUCCACCGCCUCCCGCUGCAUCCAUGACCACCACUGUGGGUCGCAGGCCUCCAGCGUCAAACAAAGCAGGACCAACCUCAGUUCCAUGGAACUUCCUUUCCGAAAUGACUUUGCACAACCACAGCCAAUGAAAACAUUUAACAGCACCUUCAAGAAAAGUAGUUACACUUUCAAACAGGGACAUGAGUGCCCUGAGCAGGCCCUGGAAGACCGAGUAAUGGAGGAGAUUCCCUGUGAAAUUUAUGUCAGGGGGCGAGAAGAUUCUGCACAAGCAUCCAUAUCCAUUGACUUCUAAUCUUCUGCUAAAGGUGACGUGAAUUCUUAAGUAUGUAUGUACGCGGCCUCCAGGGCACCAUACUGUUUCCAGCAGCCAACCCUUUUCUCCCAUCACAACUACGAAGACCUUGAUUUACCGUUAACCUAUUGUAUGGUGAUGUUUUUAUUCUCUCAGGCAGUCUAUAUAUGUUAAACCAAUCAAGGAACUUACUCUAUUCAGUGGAAACAAUAAUCAUCUCUAUUGCUUGGUAUCAUUUAUAGGAAGCACUGCCAGUUAAAGAGCAUUGGAAGAGGUGGUUGGAUGGAGCCAGACUCAGGCUGCCUAUUCGUUUUAGCAACGGGAAGACUGCUCUUGACUGAUACAGCUCUGUCAAUAUUUUGAUGCCACAAUAAACUUUAAGAUUUUUCUUUACAUUUUAUUUUUCCUUUCUCUAAAUUUAAUUUGUUUUAUAAGCCUAUACUUUUACCAUUUCAGUUUCUUACAUAAAUACAAGUGGUUAAUGUACCACAUACUUCAAUAUAGGCAUUUGUUCUUGAAUGUGUCAAAAUACAGCUAGUUACUGUGCCAAUUAAGACCCAGUUGUAUCUCAUCCAUCUGUUUCUUCUUGGCUAAUCUCUGUGCUUCUGCCUUUUAAUUACUGGGCCCUCAUUCCUCAUUUUCUGUGAGAAAUAAUAGAUGGUAUUUGUCACCUUUCAAUUACAUUUUUUCUCAGUUAUACUGGAAAAUUUCAUAAUCCUGGGAUAUAGGUACCAUUGCCCACUAUGACUAACAAUUUGAAAAAGAUAAAAAUUUCUAGCAAGCCUUUGAAGUUUCCCAAGUAUAGUCACAUUCAGUAACAGCCCAUUCAUUCCAGUAAACAAAGUCAUUUCAUUCACUUUGGGAGAGGCCUAUAAUUACGUUUAUUUGCAAUGUUUCUCUUCGCUAGAUUGUUACAUAGCUCCUGUUCUACUGAUUUUGCUUACCACAUAUGGUAACCAAGGUUAGAUGCGAGUUAAAAUUCCUUAGAAACUGGAUGAGCCUUGAGAUUGCUUCUUACCUGGGACAGGACAUUUUUCUAGCUCUUAUCAAGAAUAACAACUUCCACUUUUUUUUAAACUGCACUUUUGACUUUUUUUAUGGUAUAUAAACAAUAAUUUAUAAACAUAAUAUAAAUGCUCAUUGUGUUUUUUUAGACUUUUGAUAUUAUUUGAUACUGUACAAACUUUAUUAAAUCAAGAUGAAAGACCUACAGGACAGAUUCCUUUCAGUGUUCACAUCAGCGGCUUUGUAUGCAAAUAUGCUGUGUUGGACCUGGACGCUGUAACUUAUUGUAAAGACCUUGGUAAUGUGGACAUAAGCUCUUUCUUUCCUUUUGUUACUGUAUUUAGUUUGUGAUAAAUUUUUCACUGUGUGAUAUUUAUUGGUCUAAAUCACUACACAAAUCCUAUAUUAAAAUAUACAUUGUACCUGACCCUUUAAUCAUGUUAUUUAUGCUACUGAGGUUGUGGAUCUUAAGGUAUGUAUGGAAAGGAACUCAUUUAUCAAAUUGUAAGUAAUACAGACAUGCCAUUUAAAAGAGGUAAAUUCUUGUUUUCUAUAUUUUGGUAGUAAAUUCUCAAUGAAAUAAGUUGAAGUUUCACUGGAUUUCAUUAACUUUUAAAUAUUACAUAUAUGUGUUUUCUCAGAUUAGUGAAAAUUGUGACCUUAAAUAUGAUAUACACUGCCUCAGAAUGCUUUCUUAUAUCAAAGUUUAUGUUUUUUAAAAAAGUAGAUAGUAUUUAGGAGACGGAAAAACCUAUACGUAAUGUAUUCAUGAUUUAAACUUUUUUUUAAGUCACCAUAGUUUCUUAUUUUAAAAAUACAACUUGGAAACAUGAAAAGACCUGAUGCAUAUAAUAUUCAAUGAACUAAUACCAGAGACAGCUAAAUUUUUUCAAUAGUUAUGCUGAAUAAGCAUUUUAGUAGGUAACUUAUGCCAGCCAACAUUUGAACAGCAUAAUAAAUACUUAAUAUAACAACUAUGAUCUCAUUCAUGAUGAUAAAAGGGAAGUUAGCAUAUUUUCUAUGUAAAAUUAUAUUCAUUUUUUAAAAUAGCUGUUAAACCUAUAUUUAAUCUUUAUAGUAACAAAUAAUACAGUAUGCUAAACUGUAUUAUCUGUAGUCACUUGUAACUUUUUAUUUUUGAAAUUUGAUUUCUAUUUUAUAAGGUCUUGAAGAUACCUGCAAAAUACAGAGCCUUUAAAGAAGACAUGUAACAGUAAAACAGAAGUACACAGUUUUAUAUGAGUCAACGUAGCAAGUAAAGUUGAGAUAAUAAGUUUCGUUCUGAAUUUUCUGGCUGCUAAAACAAACAGUUUUUGCUUUUCACAGUAGAAAACAAACUUAUGUGCAGAGGCUAAUUUCCUCUUGAACUACAGCAUGAGGGUCUGUAUAUAGGAACAUUUCUUCAGAAUGGAAAAAAGAUGCAGAAUGCAGAGAGAGAUUAUAAUGGUGCAUCUUAACACCCAGUGAAGGCACAACUUAAUGUCAUCUGGGAACACUGGUUUGGGGUCAGUCUGUAUUUUCAGGGAUAGAGCUAAAGAACCAGAUGAUCAAUAGCUAAGCCAGCCUUAGCCUAUCACAUGUUAUACGCCUUCGUUGAAUCAUAGAUGGGCAUUAGAUCUCAUUUAUUUCUUAAAGUUGUCUAUGCUUUUGGAAGAGGUGAGAAUGGAACUAAUACAUCUUAGACAUUAUUGCCAGAAUAAUGCUAAUUGCUGUAUAUAUAGCCUUUAAUCUUUGAGAUCAGUGAGAAAACUUUACAAAUUGCUUACUAAAAGGAAAGCCAUAAAAUUUAAUAACAAGACAUGAAAUGUAGCCAUCUUGUGGAAGUCAUUACACAGUAUUAACUGUCCACAGGUCACCCCACACAGUACCCCAGUGUUAAACACAUCUAACACAAGAUGCAAAUCUGGAAGGCGUAAAUAUCUUCAAUUCGGAAACAGUAUUAAGUAUAUCUGUAGAAUAUUGUCACCAUCACCUUCCAUCCACAGUUCACCGUAUCAUCCCUCAAAUGCCCACAGAUCUAUUGCAGGAAACCUACUAAUCCCAACAUCUAAAGCAUGUAGGAAUAAGGUGUGAUAUUCCUUUUGUGUGUGGGGAGAGUUUCAAUCUAAA